UUUCAUGAACAUGAGCACUAUUAUCCAAACAGAACAACAGUAUUCAGCAGCAAAAAAAAACCAAGGCCAAAGCUGCCGUACGAAGACUACUGGCAUCAGCAGCCUAUGAAGAACCAGAUGAUUCGAGUUGAACAGAACGAGGGUUCGGGAAUUAACUAGGGGUGCAAACUCGAGCAUAAAAUCCAAUCGGCAACUUACGCUCACCUAACGAUUUUUCCCGAAUGACAGAUGCCACACGAUACUCUGUACAAUUUUCCAUCAGUUGUACGCAGGAUACUUGCCGAGUUUCACAUCUUCACAAUCGUAGGGAUUUGUUUGAUCAUCGUUUUGAUUUCUAUGAAGAAUGUUUUGAAGAAUUUUCAACAUACCACCUUCGAUUUCAAAUGUAACUUCAUGUCAAAAUGAACAAACUAUCCACCCCUGAAGGCAAUGGUUUGGGUACUGACACUAUCUCGCAGAAAUCCUACAAUGGUUUCCUAAGUUCUAUAAACGAUAACAAAUGUAUAGUAGCAAGUAAUAUUAAUAUUAAAGCAUCAGUGGUUACAGUUUCUGGUGAAAAAACUAAAACUAGUGUAGCUGAUGAAAAAGAACCAUUCAAGAAAACAUAUAUUCUUAUAGUUACCUGCGUAGUUCCUGCAUUACUUACUAUUUGUGGAGUUGUGACUCUUGCCUUAGUAUUCAAUACCAGAAAUUGUAGAAAUUCCUCAAGAAAGCCAAUAUGCUUAACAGAAGAAUGUGUAAGAACAGCCGCAUCAUUGUUAUCGGCAAUGGACCACAAUAUAGAUCCAUGCCAAAAUUUUUUUCUAUAUGCCUGUGGAACGUGGAACAAGAAGCAUAUGAUACCAGAAGAUAGGAGUUCGAUAAGUACUUUUGAAGUGAUGGCUGAUCAAUUACAACUUAUUUUGAAAGAGGUUUUAGAAAAGCCAAUGAAUUUGGAAGACAAUGAUGCAACUAGGAAAGCGAAAUUAUUUUACAAUAGCUGCAUGGAUAUAUAUCAGAUUCGCAAGACUGGUGAUACACCUCUGAGGAUAAUUCUUCAAUCCCUCGGUGGUUGGCCUGUGACCUCAUCCAAUUGGACAAAUUCAAAAAAUGGAAUUGAGGAGCUGCUGGGUAAAAUACGUGGCGUUUAUAAUGAAGGCAUAUUGAUUGAACAGUGGGUGGGACCAGAUGAUAAGAAUAGUUCAGCUAACAUAAUACAGAUUGAUCAGAUGCAGUUAGCUCUUCCUAGUCGUGAUUAUUAUCUAAAACCUAUCAGUAGGGGUGAUUUAAAUGCUUAUCACACUUAUAUGACAAAUAUAGCUGUUGUGCUUGGAGCUAAUCAGAGCUCUGCUGCAGACGAACUGCAGGAUGUUCUCGACUUGGAAAUUGCUUUAGCAAACGCAUCUAUCCCUGAAGCUGAUCGACAUGACACCAGCGAAAUAUACAGAAAACUGCUCGUGGGUGAACUACAACAGCUGGUUCCUCAAAUAGACUGGUUGAAAUAUUUCAAUUCAUUUUUAGGAACAACAAUUGAUGAGAGAGAACCCAUUGUUGUAUAUGGAUUAUCCUAUUUUAUUGAAUUGGGCAGAAUUCUCGAAGAAACGGAUUCAAGAAUUAUCCAUAAUUAUAUUUUAUGGCGAUUCGUCAUGAGCAUUUCGUCUCAUAUGAUUGGUGACUAUCAAAAAGAACGAGUCGAAUUCAGAAAAAUUUUACAGGGUGUUUUAAGCGAAAGACACCGAUGGUCUCAAUGUGUCGAAUGGACAAACAAAAAACUUGGACUAGCAGUCGGUGCUCUAUUCGUUAAGGAUAACUUCAAUCAUGAGAGCAAGGAGACAGCUUUAGUGAUGAUUCACACUAUAAGAGAGGCCUUUAAUGAGCUAUUGUCUGAUAAUGACUGGAUGGACGAUGAAACAAGAGCUGUUGCUAAAGAAAAAGCAAAUGCUAUGAAUGAACGUAUAGGAUAUCCUACUAUAAUAACAGAUAAAGUUAAACUGAUAGAGGAAUACAAAACCCUGAAUAUUUCGAAAAAUAAUUUCAUGCAGAAUAUUUUCAAUGUUCUCAAAUUCGAUGCGGAUCAGAAUUUAUCAAAAUUGAGGCAACCAGUGGACAAGGACAAGUGGUCUACUGAACCAGCUGUAGUAAAUGCUUUUUACAAUCCCAAUAAAAACGAUAUAGUUUUUCCCGCAGGCAUUCUACAACCUUUAUUUUAUAGUCAACACUUUCCGAAAUCUCUCAAUUAUGGAGGUAUAGGAGUUGUUAUAGGACAUGAAAUAACACAUGGAUUCGACGAUAAGGGACGACAAUUCGAUAAGGAUGGUAAUAUGAUGCAAUGGUGGAAUAACGCAACAAUAAGAGCUUUCAGAGAAAGAACACAAUGCAUCAUAGAUCAAUACUCCAGAUAUAAAAUCGAUGAAGUAGGAAUGUAUAUAGAUGGUAGAAUGACCCAGGGGGAAAACAUUGCAGAUAAUGGAGGUCUGAAACAAUCUUUCAGGGCUUAUCAAAAAUGGGUUGAUCAACAUGGUGAGGAACCAGAUUUGCCUGGAAUGAACCUGUCUCAUAAUCAACUGUUUUUCCUUAACUACGCACAAAUUUGGUGUGGCUCCAUGCGGCCUGAAGAUGCUCUCACUAAAAUCAGAAGUAGCGUUCACUCUCCUGGACCAAUCAGAGUUUUGGGUCCUCUUUCAAAUUCUAAAGACUUUGCUGAGGCGUAUAAUUGUCCUGCAGGUUCCCCAAUGAAUCCAAUCAACAAAUGUAGCGUCUGGUAAAAUGCGUACAAAUAGAAAUAUGGGAAACUAUGAGUGAAAGACAUC